AUGGGAAGCCCAUUGAAGAAGGUUUAUUGGAUGCAUAGAGCUUCAAUACAGAAAAUAGAAGAGCUUCCAAAGACCUAUGAAGAAUUUUUAAAGUUUCAAAAUUGGGAUUAUUGGCCCAGGGAUAUUGAUUUGGAUAUUGAUAACUCAUGGGAAAAUGAGCUGAAAAAAAUGAAACAAGACAAUACAGUUACAUCAAUUUAUUCACAUCUAUGGAAGAAUGUUCCUCUAAUAUUUGAAGUAUACAGUGCCAUGGAGUCAAGAUUAAUGGACUGUUCUCUGUGUUUGGAAGAGCAUGUCUCGAAAUUAUUUGAGUGGAACAAUUUGAUUAAGUAUAUUAUCAAUUACUUUUUUAAAGAUUCUGACGAAAAACUUGAAAAGUACAAGUUAUUCCUCCAGAAAUGCAGUAAAGAAAAGAAGAUAAUGCUUUCAGAUGAAAUGAAGACAGAGAAGAAUAUACAGGGUUCUAAUUUCUCAGGUUUCAAAAUAAGUGAUACUACUCCAUUACCCAGACAUGUGGAUGCUAAACGAGUUUUCCUUUUUAUUUUAAAAAACCAUGCCAUUGAAGAAAGACUUUGUAAAGUCUGGAAGCACCAUUUUCUCUCAGAAGCCUCCAUUUACCUUCUGCAUGACUGCUUUUGGUGGUGGUUUCUCUAUAAAUUUAAGCCUGACAGAAAAAAUCAAGAUUACUUAUUUGAUAGAAUUUCAGAAAGCUAUGUAACACUUUUCCUGAGCAUACCUCUAAGUCGAAAAGAUGCAUUCUUACAGGUGUACCCAGAUUGUCUGGCACAAGCUAUCUGUACGGCAUUUUAUGAAGCAUUUCCAGAGUCUACGAACCUCUUUAAUGAUGAAUUUAAAGAAGAUCUAGGGAAUACCAUUUACCUUUGGCUGACAGGUCUAAAACCUCCAAAAGACAUUUGGACCCAUUGGAAUCUGAAAGACCUCAUCACCACCACAAUUCAUGGGGUCAGUAGAACACCUGCAAAAUCACUGAUGGAAAGGAUGGCAAGCAGUCAAGAACGCAUAAGCACUGAACGACAUUCCAGGUACUCAAUAACUCCGUGUAACAAAUACUUCCCACUCUUCUGGGACAGCUCUGAGAACUCUGAUGCCCCUAACCCUGGAGGCACUGAAAGUAAAGGCACUGAAUCCUCCUCUUCUAUUGGAUCAGGAAACAUGCCUUCCAUCCCCACACCUUUUCUUGGUCCCAAGUGGGAAAGAGAUCAUGCCCUGAGGAACAGUAGGGGACUGAAGGAAGGAAGUUGGCUUCCCACCUGCUGUGUGGCAGGAGCCAAACCUCCAUAG